ACGGUCGAUAAACCGGCCAAGUUUCAGUACUUCUUGGCGACGCCAACCCUAACGCGUGUUUGGGAUAUCGGGUCACUUCCUAAAUGCAUGCCACAACUCCGGCAUUCGGUCGGUGAUCGAACAGCAUCUGCGACAACUCUUCACUCAUCCCCAACAUCUUGAUCCUCGCCGUCACGUGGAAGCUUCUCGUCCUCUUCCCUUUUUAGAACUUUUCUACCCGUCUCUCUCCUCGCCAAAUGGAUUAAAAAUUAAACUUUCUUGGAGAAAUGGGAGUUUUCGCAAGUGACAGUCAACAAUGUUUCAUGCGCAUUUGACUAUUAAAUAUAUUUACAACUGACCACCCAAUUUAUAUCUCUCAAAACAUAUCUUUGUCAUAAAUCGUCUGCGUCAAAGUAUUUUAUAACAAAAAUCGUUUGUAUAAGUUCUUCUGUAAUUUUAUAUUCUAGAGAAUUUUUAUCUGGAAGUUUUUAAAAUUCUUAUAAGAGCCUAAGUAUCGUCGUGCUUCAUCUGUCAUAAAUUGUCACAAAAAAAAGUGCUAAAAAAACUCUUGAUUUUAAAUGUUUUGACCUUCAUUCAGAUGAUUCGGAAAACAUUUUCAAAGUGCUUCACGGUCUUCUGAAGAUUUCCAGACGACGCUUUUAUGAGUGGAUAAGCGAAAAAUAAAUUUUCAUCUUUUUCUGUGUCAGGAGGGAAAAAACCCACAUUUCAAAGACUCUGCAGCCUCUCGAGAAGCUCAAGAGAUCUUCCAAAAGAACAGAACUCCCCUUUUGAGAUUCUAAGAUCCUGAGUUGAAUAUUUAGUUGGAAAAGCACCAUGGCUAAAGUCGUUAUCAAGUCAAUCGAGCAUCCAUUUAGUAUGCUGUCAAAUAUGUUCUAUCGCCUUGGAAGGCUAUGUGCCUCAUAUCCAUGGGAAGUUAUCUUUAUUGCCUUCUUGACAUUGUUUUGUGGAAGGGGAUUACUAGGAAAUAAUACUACCAAAGUCUGUGGUCAAGAUUGUUCGGAAGAAAAUAAAGGAGUCGAAUUGGUUCUAUUAUCAAUAGCAAGAUGUGUGGCCAUUUUAUUUUUCAUUCAUCCAUUUCUGAAGCUCAACAAAUUGGGAUCAACAUUUUUAGUUGUGAUUGGAGGAGUUUUUACAUUAUCAUGCUUUGUGUCUUGCUUUGUUUUCACUAUAAAUAUUUCAAAUUUACAAGCAGGUGACUUCACUGAAUUAAACAAGGCCUUACCCUUCUAUUUUUUACUGAUGGAUAUUACGAAUGCUGGUUUGCUUGCACAGUUUGCACUAAGUUCUUCUACUCAGGAGGAAGUUAGAGAAAAUAUUGCCCAAGGAAUGUCAAUUAUUGGCCCAACUAUUACCCUUGAUACAAUUGUAAAAACUCUAGUCAUUGGAGUUGGAACUCUCUCAGGUGUCCGAAGACUGGAAGAAUUGUGUCGUUUUGCAUGCAUGUCUGCUGUCAUUAACUAUUUUAUGUUCAUGUUAUUUUUCCCAGCUUGUUUAGCUCUAAUCCUAGAGUUGUCCAGAGACCAAGAUGAAGGUAGACCUGUAUGGUAUUUCAGUACAUUAUCUAGGAUAUUGCAACAAGAGGAAGAACAGAAACCCAAUCCUGUUUUACAGAGAGUAAAGCUUAUAAUGUCUGCAGGCUUACUAUUGGUUCAUGCGCAUAGUAGAUAUCCUGUACUUAUUGCUGGUCGAGCAUUACAACAAGCUGGUAAAUCAACUCUGGCUGAUUUUCCUAACCAGCCUUCUAAUUGGGAUUUGUAUAUGCAAAAGUUUGGCAGUGCUGAACAAAUGGUUUUGGUCACCUUAGCCUGCACAUUUGCUAUUUUAUAUCAUUACUUCAUAUCGCAUGAAGAUCUCGAGGAGCACUUGGCAGCAGCUAAUGCCUCACCUUCAAGACGACCUCUGGCAUACAGAACUAACUAUACAUCUCAAACUGUACAAACCAGUUCACAUGAGGGUUCACUUAGACCUCAAAAUGCUACUCAAGAAUCUGCAAAUCAAACAGCUCAACAAAGACCAUAUCCGGUUUCUUUUACUGUAGGAGGAGGCGAUAUUGUUAGUAAAAGGCCCAUUGAAACUGCUGACAAAGUAAUUCAAACAAAAAUAGAAAGUAACUGGGCUGAACAGGAAACUGAAAUCCAAACUAGUGACCCAUCCAAAGAACUUCGAAGUACUGAAGAAUGUAAAGAAGUUUUAAAAUCAGAGGUUGGAGGUGCUGGUCUUUUGGAUGAAGAGGUGAUAAUGUUGGCUGAGAAAAAAAUAAUCCCAGUUCAUGCGUUGGAAACUGUUUUGCGAAAUCCUAAGAGAGGUGUUUUUCUGCGGAGGAAACUGAUCAGUAAACUUGCUAAACAAGGAUGUGUUUUUGAUUCCCUGCCAUAUUCUAGUUAUGAUUAUAAAAUGGUCAUGGGUUCUUGUUGUGAAAAUGUAAUAGGAUAUGUUCCUAUUCCUGUUGGAAUUGCUGGUCCUUUAUUGCUAGAUGAGGAGCUCUUGUAUAUUCCUAUGGCUACAACUGAAGGUUGUUUAGUAGCAAGCACUAACAGAGGAUGUAGAGCUCUGACUUUGUCAGGAGGUGUUAGGAGUAGUUUACUUAGUGAUGGUAUGACUCGUGCUCCAGUUAUCAGGCUACCUACUGAACGUGAAGCUGGGAAAAUUAAGCUGUGGGUCGAACAAAGAGAUAAUUUUGAAAUCUUGAAAGCAGCUUUUGACUCAACUAGUAGAUUUGCAAGGUUACAAAGUAUAGAAGUUCAAACUGCUGGACCUUUAGCAUAUUUAAGAUUCAAAGCCACUACUGGGGAUGCAAUGGGUAUGAACAUGUUAUCUAAGGGUGUAGACGAAGCAUUGAAUAAAUUAUGCGAAAUUUUCCCUGAAGUUAAAGUGUUGAGUCUGAGUGGAAAUUAUUGUACAGAUAAGAAACCUGCUGCUGUUAAUUGGAUUAGAGGCCGUGGUAAAGAGGUUGUUUGUGGAGCACAGAUACCAGCAAAAGUAGUGAAAGAAGUUUUAAAAACAAAUGUUAAUUCAUUGGUAAACCUAAAUAUUACUAAAAAUUACAUUGGUUCUGCCAUGGCUGGCAGUGUUGGUGGAUUCAAUGCUCAAGCGGCUAAUAUAGUUACAGCUAUUUAUCUUGCAACUGGUCAGGAUCCAGCUCAAAAUGUGACCAGUUCAAACUGCAUUACUCAGUUAGAAGUAGCUGGACCAGAUGAAAACGAUUUGUACAUAAGUUGUACUAUGCCUUCAAUUGAAGUGGGUACUGUUGGUGGUGGAACUUUCCUUCCAGCACAAUCAUCUUGUUUAGAGCUCCUGGGAGUAAAAGGUUCUUGUGAUGAAUGUCCAGGAAGGAAUGCAGGAAAAUUAGCUAGAAUUGUUUGUGCUACUGUUCUUGCUGGAGAACUUUCAUUAUUAGCAGCAUUAGCUGAAGGCCAUCUUGUAAGAUCUCAUAUGACUCAUAACAGAUCAUCUGUUAACAUGGUAUCCACAUCUUCUCCAAAGAAGCUAAUAGAAAAGCAGAGAACAUGAACAUUUUCAGUGAAUGAACUUUCACCUCAAAGUCAGUUUUAGAGAAGACAAAAUAGAAAGUUGCUCAUUUCUAAUCAUCAAGAACUUUUCUUUUUAAUAUUGAUAAUGGGCAUUAACAUUGCAGGUUAUUAAAAAAAAGACUCAAUAUUAAUGUUAUUAGAAAUUGUCACCACAGAUAUGAAGCUUUAGACUUGGCUCCAAUAAGUUACCUUUUCCCACCCAUCAAAAUUUUUAUCACAGAAAUGAACAUGUUUGUAAAUAUAGCAACUUAGAGAGCUUAAAAAGUGUGCAUUUUGUAAGAUAAUGUUUCUUGUAUAGAAAAAUAUGUAUUAAAAUUUGAUGAUUUCUUUUA